AUGCUGCGCCUAGGCGUUACAGCAGCUCGCACGGGGCAGGCCAUUUCUGACUUGGGCCAGCGGCCGCUGCGCAGCUGCAGCUGCAGCGCAGCACUAGCACCAGCAGCACGUUCUGCUGCAGCUCCAGUCUGCUCCACUGCAGCGCCACUUUGUCAAGCGCCUCCAGCUUCCCUCGCGUCCUUCUCGGGAGGCAGCAGCAGCAGCAGCAACACUGUGUCGUGCAGCACUUGGCGCGCUGCAGCAAGCAACCCCGAAUGUACAGCUAAGCGCCUUGCUUGCAGCAGCAGCAGCGGCAGCGGCAGCAGCAGCAGCAGCAGCAGAGGAAGGCGCAGCCACCGGAGCAGCCGACGGCGCGGCAGCUCUGCCCCUGAGGGCUGCACGAUCUUCACGUGCAGCAGCCCGCCAGACGGGCUGGAGCAGCAGCAUCUGCUGGCGCUGCAGCAGCAGCAACUGCCGGUCCUGCAGCAGCAGGAUCCCCGUGUGUCUCCUGUGCUGCUGCCCUCCCUCCGGCGCCUCUGCCGGCAGCUCCGUUUCCUCUCUGAGCACCCGCAGCUGCUGGCUGCUCUCAGGCCUCCUGCUGCUGCUGCUGCUGCUGCUGCUGGGCUCUCGGCGGAGAGCCUGAGGGCCCGCACAGCAGCAGCACGCAGCGCUGCAGCAGCAGACAGCCAGCAGCUGCAGCAGCAGGCCGCACUGCUGCUGCGCGUCGUCUGGGGGGAAGCCACGCACUUCUCCCCAGCUAUAGUGCGAGCUGCGCUGCAGUCAGAGCUAAUAGGGGAAGCAGCAGCAGCACAAGCAGCAGCACAAGCAGCAGCAGCGAAAGUAGCUACAUCCGGGAGACCACCCGCAGUAGCAGCAGCAGCAGCAGCAGGAGCUGCUGUCCUGCAGCUCCCGCAGCUGCUCACGCGAAUGGCCACGAGAUACGUAAGGAGGCAGAUACAGCAGCAGCUGCUAGCGCAGCAAGCAACAGCAGCAGCACGGGGGCCUUUAACAGCAGCAGCACGAGCAAAAGCAGCACGAGCAGCAGCAGAUCCAGCAGCACCAGCACCAGUGCUGUCAGAAAGGCCUGCAGCAGCAGCAGCACCGGCAGCAGCAGCAGGAGCUGCAGCCGCAGCAGCGCUGGAAGCUCCAGCACUACCACCACCAAAGGCAGCGGGAGCUGCAGCGGCAGCAGCGAGGGGAGCAGCAGCAGCAGCAGCAGCAGCAGCAGACUGCCUCCCCGACGCUCUCUUUGCUGCUUGCCGCUGGCUAAGUGCUGCGAAGCAGCAGGUGCUGCUGCUUGCUGCUGAAGACACCGCGCGGGCGCUGCUGGGGGCUCUGCGGACUUUGGGAGAUCUCGAGGUGGCCCUAGCAAGGGGCCUGCAGUCAGCAGCAGCAGCAGCAGCAGCAGCAGCAGGAGCUGCUGCUGCUACGGCGGGGGAAGCCGCAGCUGCAGAGCUUGCUGCAGCAGGAACUACUCACGCUGCUGCUGCUGCUGCUGCUGCAGGCAGCAGCACCCAGCAGGUCCUGCAGCUGGGAAAGCAGCUGCUGCGCGCGCUGCAGGCGGAGAAGCUGCUGCUGCUGCAGCAGCAGCAAACGCAUCUCUCUCGCUUCAUUCAAGCCCGAGCAGGCUUCGAGGAACCUGAAAGUAUGCAACAUAAAACCUUCACAGGGGGGCCCCAAGGGGGCCCCCAAGGGGGGCCCCAAGGGGGGCCCCCUAGUCCCAGGCUCCCGUCCCGCGUAGAGCUGCACCGUGCUGCAGACAAGCUGCUGCAGGGGCGCUCGAAGAUACUGCUGCAGCGGCGGCAGCAACCGCAGCAGAAGCAGCAGCAGCAGCAGCGGCAACAGCAGCAACAAAAGUGGCUCACGCGGGCUUUCAAGCCGAUUCCUGUGGAACGGCUCUUAGGAGCGGACCUCUCCCUCUCCAAAGAAACCAGCAGCAGCAGCAGCAGCAGCAGCAGCAGCAGCAGCCUUCGUCCUGGGGUGCUGCUGGUGGCCCAUCCGCUUCUGUUGGAUGCUUUUGCUAGAGGGACAGUUGUGCUGCUGACAGCUGUGAAGCGCAGCACUGUGGAGGGAGUCAUACUGAACCGCAGCUGCAGCAGCAGCACGAGCAGCAGCAGCAGCACAAGCAGCAGCAGCAGCAGCGACUCCAAGGCGCUACACCGAUCCGUUGUAGGGCUGCCCUCUCCCGUAGACCUCCUUGCAAGCUGGCAGCAGCAGCAGCAGCAACAGCGGCAGCGGCGGCAACAACAACAGCAGCAGCAGCAACACCAGCAGCAGCAACAGCAAGAAGAUGGUGGUCUUCAGCAGCAGCAGUAUGCGUUUGGUAGAAGCAGCAGCAUGCCCGUAACAGGCCGGUGGCACAGUUUGUUGCAGGAUGACCCAAUGCUGCUGCUGCUGCUGCGCGAGGCUCAGGCAGCAGCAGCAGCACAAGUACCUCUAAAGAGGAAGAGGCAGCAACUGCAGCAGCAGCAGCAGCUGUUGCUGCAGCAGGCCCUUGUAAUUGCCUUGGCUCAACGAGCUGUACAGAUGCUUCCAAAGAGUGGACGUCCCAGCAGCAGCAGCAGCAGCAGCUUCCUUAUCAGCAGCAGCAGCAGCAGCGAUCCUCAAGGGGAUAACGACGGCAGAGGACACAGCAGCAGCCGCACCGACAUAAGCACCAGCAACAGCAGCAGCAACACCGGCAUCAGCACCAGCAACAGUAGCAGCAACACCGGCACCAGCAGCAAUAACAGCAGCAGCAGCAGCAGCAGCUUGCUGCUGCGCGUUGCUGCUGGCGAGGCAGCUGACGCUGAGCCUCUGCAUGCAAUGCUAUCCUCCAUUGCUGUUCAAAGCAGCGCACAGCGUGACUGGGAGUCAAUCAGGUUGCUGCAGCAGCAGCAGCAGCGGCAGCAGCAGCAGCAGCAGCAGCAGAAGCUUAUUCUGUGGCUAGAGGAUGGCCUCAAGAGUGGCGCUGCAGACACCUCGAGCGCAGGGGGCGAGCAGCAGCAGCAGAGCAGCAAGGCCUUGCUGCAGCAGCUGCUGAAGCUGCUUAAGCAGCAGCAGCAGCCCGCCAGCAGCAGCAGCAGCAGCAGCAACAGAAGCAGCAGCAGCAGGGUGGCAAUGCGCGCUGUGCGUCUCGGGGGCCCUUGUGAGGGCUUUUUAAAAGUGACAGCAGAAGAGACAGGAGUGCAUGCGUCUGUGGGGUGUACGUACACCUCAGAAGACAAGCCCCCCAGCAGCGCGCCCGCUGCAGCAGCAGCAGCAGCAGCAGCAGCAGCAACUGCUGCUGCUGCUGCUGAGGGAGCUCCCCCUGCUGCUCUUUACCUGGGAAAAAUGCUCUGGGGAAAAGGCCAAAUGGGCCGGGAGCUGCGGGAGGGUUUGUGGGUGGCUUUGGAGUGUACAGACACCCGGGCUCUCGCGCUGCUGCUGUUCGGGGGCUGCAGCAGCUGCGCGCACUCAGCAACAGCAGCAGCAGCAGCAGCAGCGGGGGGAGCAGCAGGCCCGUGCCCGUGCUGCAACAGCCGCGAGGUGUACAGACAGCUCGUUGCUGCUGCAGACGGCGAGGGCCCCCCCUUCUUCAGCAAAGCUUUUCGGGUGUCUCCGUCAGCAGCAGCAGCAAUACAAGCAGCAGCAGACAGCGCCUGGGGAGCAGCAGCAGCUCAGGGGCCCCAGGGGCCCCCCUUUGGGCCUUGA